AGUAUGGAUGGCGACCCUAUUCAGCAAGCUAGUCAAUCUCUUCUUAUUCUUCUCAAAUCUCUUCCUGUGGGCUGCCGAUUUCAGAUCGUUGGCUUUGGGUCUACUCAUAACCUGCUCUUUCCUGAGUAUGUAUUUACUAUACCUAACUACAAUACAGAGGAGAAUAUUAACAAGGCUCUGGAAUAUCAGCGUAAUCUCGAAGCUGAUAUGGGUGGAACAGAAGUUCUGCCGGCUCUAAAAGCUAUCUACUCUUCGAGUUUAAUCGGAUCCGCUGAUCAGUGGCGAAGAGAGAUCAUCUUUCUUACAGAUGGAGAUGUCACUAAUCACUCCGAGUUCAAUGUGCUGAUAUUGGUUAUUUCAGUUUAG